CUUCUAUCCCUCGAAACUAGGCUAAAGUGAAAUCCGACGAUAACGAGACUUUAUUUACCUAUCCUACAAAUCUUGCUGCCCGGAGCCGCUAACCAUCAUAAGAAGUAGAGAGAGGCUGACCAAAGAGAAGAGAGAAAAGAUGCCUAGGUGGUUCGAUCCGUGGCCCGUCUUCUUCAAGCGAGAGUUCAAUAGGAACUGGCCGUUCCUGGUCGGCUUUGCCGUAACUGGAGCCCUCAUCACCAAGUUCUCUCUUGGCCUUACAGAGGAGGAUGCGAAAAAUUCACCUUUCGUCCAGAGGCACAAGAGAUGAAUUGGAAACCCAACAAAGUUAUCAGCAGUGUACCACUCAUUGCAGGAAAAGAAAUAGAUUUGCUCUGUUUUCUUGGUCUAUAAUAACAGGAGAGAUGUUAUAGAUACUCCAAAUGUGAUUUUUUCAAUCAGUAACUUGCUUUUUUACUUGAAUAACAUUGAACACCUUUAUUGGA